CCCCACCCCACCCCCAGUUUCCACUCCCCCCACCCCACUUCGCCUGCCGCGGUUGGGUCCGCGGCCUGCGUUGUAGCGGUCGCCGCGGUUCCUUGGAAGUAGAAACUCCCCUCCCCUCCCCGCCCCCCGGUCCCGGUCCCCGUUCAGCCGCUGACGUGAAGAUGAGCAGCUCAGAGGAGGUGUCCUGGAUUUCCUGGUUCUGUGGGCUCCGUGGCAAUGAAUUCUUCUGUGAAGUGGAUGAAGACUACAUCCAGGACAAAUUCAAUCUCACUGGACUCAAUGAGCAGGUGCCUCACUAUCGUCAAGCUCUAGACAUGAUCUUGGACCUGGAGCCUGAUGAGGAGCUGGAAGACAACCCCAACCAGAGCGACCUGAUUGAGCAGGCAGCCGAAAUGCUCUAUGGAUUGAUCCACGCCCGCUACAUCCUCACCAACCGUGGCAUCGCCCAGAUGUUGGAAAAGUACCAGCAGGGAGACUUUGGCUACUGUCCCCGUGUGUACUGUGAGAACCAGCCAAUGCUUCCCAUCGGCCUUUCGGACAUCCCAGGUGAGGCCAUGGUGAAGCUCUACUGCCCCAAGUGCAUGGACGUGUACACACCCAAGUCAUCGAGGCACCACCACACGGACGGCGCCUACUUCGGCACCGGUUUCCCUCACAUGCUCUUCAUGGUGCACCCCGAGUACCGGCCCAAGCGGCCCGCCAACCAGUUUGUGCCCAGGCUCUACGGUUUCAAGAUUCAUCCGAUGGCCUACCAGCUGCAGCUCCAAGCCGCCAGCAACUUCAAGAGCCCAGUCAAGACGAUUCGCUGAUUCCCCACCCUACCUGUCCCUCAGUCUUUGACACUUUCAUUCCUUUGCUGCCACCCUUUCAGGAACCCUCUUUGGUUUUUAGUUUAAAUUAAAGGAGUCAUUAUUGUGGUGGGAAUAUGAAAUAAAGUGGAAGAAAAGGCCA